AUGGCCAAGAUCUUUUGUUUAGCUGAUGUUUGUAUGGUACCUGUUGGUACCAAUUCUGCCAGUAUAUCUGACUUUGUUGCGUUAAUUGAAAAAAAGAUAAGAGAAAGUCCAUUAAAAAGUACUUUACACAGUGCCGGUACCACAAUCGAAGGGCCUUGGGAUGAAGUGAUGGGUUUGAUCGGUGAAAUUCAUGAAUACGGUCAUGAAAAGGGGUACGUCAGAGUUCACACUGAUAUUCGUGUUGGAACUAGAAAUGAUAAACAUCAGACUGCCCAAGAUAAAAUCGAUGUUGUUUUAAAAAAGAUAUCUCAAUGA